UCCGCCCUUCGUUUCCGCUCUUCCAGGGGGUUACCAUAGCUACUGUCCACACAACAGCUAGGUCUCUCAAGUUGGUCCUGGCUGACUGCAGGGCAGAGCCGGCACCAUGAGUCAUGUUGUGACCAUCACCGAGCCCCAGGCCAAACCUCAGAUGUCUCAAACCCAGUGCAGAGGGAAGUCGGGGACCUGGGGCAACGUCUCCGCUAGUCGAACGUAUGAUUUCCUGUAUGAUCCGUUGUUUAUUGUGUCAAGCAAAAAGGACCACAACCGGGCAAAUAAUCAGGCCACUCUGAUUCGAAGCAAACUGAGAAGGGUUCCCAGGUUUAGAACCAUGUUCAGUAGCCUGUUCCAUUAUCCCAACUAUUCUGUAUAUUGGAGCAAGGCUGACCCUGUUCCAUCAUUCAUCAGUCGGGAAUGGAAGGGACUCGAGGAGAGACACAGAGAAACCUUCCGGCACCUUGCUGAAACUGAUACUUCUUUUCUGAUGCCCAAAGAAGUUUAUGAAGAUCCUGAUGUUACUGGAAAGAAUCGCUAUAAAUAUUUUGAAAGGCCUUUUCUUCCAUUUCAUCAACAGGUGCCAUUCACUGUUGUUUAUGCAUCAACCAGGGCAGAGCCAUACACAUUUCCUUCUCCUUCUACUAAGUACUCUCCCAUCCCUUCCAAGUAUACUGUCGGCACUCAGACCGAUUAUCGGGACGGUGAAGCGCAAACAGAUCCGUAUUCUCCAGAAUAUGUAAUAUGUCAGGAUUCCAUCCCUGAGCUCUUGACCCUGGCUACUCUCACUUGGGGUCGAGGUCUCCCGGCAGGACAAGCUGAGGUAGAGAUGAUAGAACGUGCCCGGGAGAAGCGUGCUUGGGAAGCCACUCUCCCUCCUCUGAGUGAUACCUCCCAGUUUGAGAAGAGAAGGAGGAUGAUGAAUGCCAUGGAGAGGAAGGAGUGGGCCUUCAGAGAGCAGGAGAUUGAAAAACUGCAGGAGAUUCGCCUGGAAGUUCUAAAAGAGCUGCUGAAGAAGCGUGAUGAAAAUCAAAAUGAAGUGAACACAGCACGCUUGAAUGCCCAGUGGUCUAAACUGCAGAAAGUAAAGGAGGCAAAGUUGGCACAGAUUCAGCAUACACAUGUAUCAGCAAUCAGAAAACUUAUGGGAAAGGGAAAGAAUAUAGAAGGGAAGUUGGAGAGAAGAAAUAUCAUCAAGGAUUAUUCUGAUUAUGCAUCACAGGUCUAUGGACCUCUAUCUCGCCUUGGUCGUUUCCCAGAUAACAACUCAGAGGACUUUGUAGUAAAAAACCACUAUCUCAAUACCUACGAAGGAUUAGUUGAACUUGAGUCAUGUCUCCCAGAUUUUGUGACACAACCCCGAAUCAGAGCUCCAAAACCAAAAGUCACUACCACCAAAGCUGGUUUUCUAAAGAGGGCUGCAAGGAGGGACCAUGAAUUGGCAGAGGUUCAUAAGGCACUGUUGGAUAAGAAGAAUAAAGUUCUCAAAACAAAGAAACCCAUGCGCUUUCUUCAAAGAAAGCCAGUACCUCAGCCUCGGCUUCCAACUCCCACCUUGGAGAUGAGUUCCAAUGAAGAAGAAGAUAUAGAAAUGGCUGUGAUCUACCUUCAAAAGUUACUCCGGGGCAGAGUCAUUCAGAACAUGAUGUUUGAAGGGAAAGAGAAGCGACUGGAGUUGAUCCAGGAGCUGCGCACCAGCCAGGCACUGCAAGAAGAUGACAGGCUGGUGAAGAAAGCUGAGAAGCAGGUGACCCUGGCUUUGCAGCGGCAGAGGAACUUGCAUGAGCACAAGGUGUCGCUGUUUGAAAACCAUCUGGCUGGACUGGAAGGAAGGGUGCUGGCAGACAUGUUUGACUUCCUGUCCAAAGAGCUGGUGAGACUGCAGGAGGAGAGGAGGGUCCACGCCCUGGCCAUGCUGGCUGAGCGGCAGCGCAGGAUGCGUGAAGCGGAAGAGAGCGGCCGGCGCCAGGUGGAACAGCGGCGCCUGCAGGAGGAGGACCAGAUAUUUAAGGAGGUGAUUAAAGUUCACCAAAGUACUGUAACUUCGUAUCUGGAGGACAUAAUCCUGAACACUGAAGAGAAUACUGCAGAAGAACAAGCCAGGGCAGAAAUAGAGAAGAUGGCCGAGGAAAUCAAUGACAUUGCUUAUGAAAUGGAAAGCCGUCGAACUCAGCUUCAGUCAGAGGAGAUUGUUGCUGAGUUGGUUUAUAGUUUCCUGAUCCCAGAGGUGCAAAAGGACUUUGUCAAAGAAAAGGUGAGGAACGCACAGCGGAAGCACAUCCUUGCAGCCCAUGAGAUCAUCCACAGGCACACAGAAGCCAUGCUUGAGAAGAAUUUUGUUGCACAGCAUCAGGAAUCAGACUCUAAGUUAUUUGAAGGCGAAAGUGAAAAUGAGCAGAACAGCUGAGCCCCCAGGUUACAAAACUCAAGUGCAAGGAAGAGAUUCACAUUGGCUGGGUACAUGAGCUGCCCUGGUUUACAUGCCCCAGGACCAGUACCGCUUAUGGAAUUAUGUUUCCAGGGAUCCCUCGCCUUCACAAUGGAUUUUCCCAGCACACUCAAGAAACCUGAAAGCUACAAUUUCCUAUUAAGUUUUAAUAGUUUUUAAUUCCUCCCAGUCAGAUGCUAGUUACCACUCAGGGGUUGUUUUUACCUUACCUAGUGUGACAUAGUAACAUAGUUGACACUUGUCACCUUAUCAGAUUAUUAGAGGAAAAGAGCCAGAGAGUCAACUGAAAGUGAAAUUCUUAUGAUAAGGGGAAAGGGAAUGAACCCUUUGCCUGUAUUGUCUCUUUAACCCUCUCACAAGAGAGGCACAUCGCCUGCUAUUUUGGCCUUGAGGAUAUGCUGUCAGUCUAGGGAAAGCACUAAGUCUUGGGGGAAAUUUGAAACUGACAUUCAGAAGGCUGUUGGCAGCUCUUAGCAGCUCUGCCAUUAACUGUGUGGUGUACAAAUAGUUACCCUUUCUUGAGGUUUGCCCAUGCACUUAUGACCAAGAGACCUCCUGCAGGGGAAUCUACUGGGACCUUAAGUCUCAAUCAAAGAGGCUCAUGAAAGGAAGAUUGAGAUGGGAAACAGUUAAGAAAAAGAGCAGAGAUAAAACAGGCAAAAUUCCAAACUGUGGCUAUAAAUUAUAGCAGAAGAUCUUUUGGUUUUAAUUAAUAAUGAAAUACCCUCUGAAAUCACUGAACUUAUAAGCCAUGUAAUGUUAUAUCCCAUCGAUAUAAUUUAAACCCAUGGAUCAAAGCAUUUUGCCUAUCUUAUGACUGUGAUAAAAAUCAGCCUUAAUGUUGGGGUAGAUAUUUUUCUUA